ACCAAACAAGAUCCCUGUUUUUUUUUUCUCUCUCUUGUUUGAACUUGUCUCUGUUUUGUACUUUUAGUUCUAGAGAGAGAAAAAGAAUUAACUAACCAAAAUCUGAAGGCAAUCUUGUAAUGGCGUUCAUAUCAUUCAUUGGAAGAGUUCUCUUUGUAUCCGUCUUCAUUCUCUCUGCUUAUCAAGAGUUCAGUGAAUUUGGGACUGAUGGCGGGCCAGCAGCAAAGGCAUUAAGACCAAAGUUCAAUGUUUUGUCAAAGCAUGUGGCGACACACACUGGAAUUGAAGUACCACAUGUGGAGAUGAAACAUCUUAUUCUGGGGGCCAUAGUUUUGAAGGGUCUUGGAAGCCUUCUAUUCAUCUUCGGCAGCUCCCUUGGAGCUUAUCUUCUGCUGCUGCAUCAGGCUGUUGCUCCCCCAGUCUUAUACGACUUCUACAACUAUGAUGUUGACAAGAAAGAAUUUUCACAACUUUUUUUCAAAUUCUCUCAGAACUGGGCAUUGCUCGGUGCACUAUUCUUUUUCAUCGGCUUGAAGAACUCAAUGCCCAGGAGAUCAUCUUCCUCCUCAAAGAAGAAGGCUCCCAAGGCAAAAGCUAAUUAAGAAGGAAGAGAUAGGCGCAUUUUUGUUGCAUGGGUUCACGGUCUCAUAGUUUUACCGCAGUUUUACUGCGCUUUUACCUCUUGUUCGAUUUCGGUUGUACUUUCCCAACCCUCUUUAGCAUUUAUCUCUGUUUUCCUUUUGCCGUCAAUUUUAAGAUUUUAGAACUAUUUAGACAUCAACAGUGCAACAGGAGGAAUAUCUAGUUGAUAUUUACAUUGUUAUCUGUAGAUUGUUGGUUC